AUGAAUAACCAUGGCCACAAUAUUCCGGAUAAACGGAGCUCCCUUUUCAAAACUACUAAAACGGAAGCUGUUGCGGGGGGUGUUGCCAAACUACCGUGCGACAUCACCCCUCCCGCCAAAGGAGACAAAGUCCAUCUUCUCAUUUGGUACAAGGAGGGAGCAUCUUCACCGAUUUACAGGGCUGAAAUUCGGUUUAGAUACAUCUUCCCCCCCCCCACCCGUAUCGGUCCCCCCUCGAUAAGAAAAAAAGAUAAAGACCCCGGAGAGGAUAGCCAGGAGCCGACUCCUCUUUAUUGA